AUGAAACUUCUGCAGCAGCUACCUGCAGAAGACAUUAAUAAACAUCUUCAACUCAACAAUAAUCAAACACUGAAGGCACUGGGAGUUUCCUGGAACUCGCAGUCCGACCAAAUCAGUUAUUCGGUUAAACCUAUUAUCAAUAGCAGCACGGUCACGAAGAGAACGAUUUUAUCUCACGUGGCUGCACUGUUCGAUCCUCUUGGUCUCCUUGGGCCAAUGAUUCUGCUCGCCAAGAGCCUCAUUCAAAAAUUAUAUGCCGAAAACUUGGAGUCGGAUGAAUCUGUACCAACCAUCAUCCACACUCUAUGGUGCAAUUUUUGCGAGGAACUCCCUCAAAUGAAUACUUUGCAAUUCUCACGAAAUGUUUUAGUUCCAGACGCUACGUCUAUUCAAUUACACGGUUUUUGCGAUGCACGCGAAAGGGGAUAUGGGGCAUGUAUCUACGUUAGAUGCAGUAAUAAUAACGGUGACAUUCAGUCAGCUCUCCUAUGCUCCAGGUCAAGAGUCUCGCCAUUGAAGACCGUCUCGAUUCCCAGACUUGAACUAUGUGGGGCCCACACACUUGUUCAGCUUUUGAGAGCCACUCAAGAAGCCAUCAAGAUCUCCAUAGACAGGGUUAUCCUUUGGACAGACUCAAUGGUGGCCCUUCAUUGGAUCACUACAUCACCACAUCAACUCAAAACUUUCGUGGUCAAUCGAGUCUCAGCCAUUAAAGAAGGGUCUCCAGGAAUAGCGUGGAGACACGUAAAAUCUGAAGACAACCCAGCAGACGCACUAUCACAGGGUCUAAUGCCCAGUGAAUUCAUCAACAACAAUUUAUGGCGCCAAGGACCAGCAUAG